AUGGAAGGAGUAAGUUCCAAAGAGAAGCAAAGGCUUUUGCAAGAGAGGAGAAACAAAUGGAAACAGAAGAAAGCUAAGGCCGAAUCGCAGAAACAACAGGUUACUAACAAGACAGAAUCUGUUGAUAGAAUAGAGGAUGGAUCGGUGACCAAAAAGGCUAAACUGGAGAGAUUUAAACGUAGGAAGGGUGAAGGGGAGGCUUGGAGUGGGCCUGAAAAUCAGCGCACUCGAAAACGAGUGACGUUUGAGGAUAGCGAUGACGAUGAUGAUGACCGUAAUGUAAAACUGUUCCGACCAGAUCAAACGCAGGAUAUUGGCGCUGACGAAGUCGAAACAAACUUUGCAGGUGAAAAAGUAAAUGCAAAACGGGGGGAAGAUUCGUUGGACGCUUUUAUGCGUAGUAUGCAGAACUCCCGAAAUGAGAGUGAUAACUUAGUCCAAUUCCAUAACGAUAGCGAUUCUGAUGAGUAUCAUGAGAAUGGACAAGAAUUUGAGAAUUACGGUGAUGGGAUUCAGUCGCAAUUCAAGAAAAACAGGAAGAAGAAAGUUAGGAAUCUCAACUUCAACUCUGCACAGUUAGAACCGUUUGUCAGAACUUUUUAUACCGAGCCAGAAGAGAUAUCUGCGAUGACGGAAGAAGAAGUUGAAGAUAUGCGUUUGAGUUUGGAUAACGUCAAAAUUAGAGGCAAAAACUGUCCGCGACCUGUUUUUAAAUGGUCCCAUUUGGGCCUUACCUCAGAUAUCAUGGAUCUUAUCACCAAAAAGCUAAAUUUCUCUUCACCUACGCCUAUACAGGCACAGGCUGUUCCAGCGAUUAUGUCUGGUCAAGAUGUUAUAGGAAUUUCCAAAACGGGUUCUGGGAAGACUGUGUCUUUUUUGUUACCUCUUCUCCGACAAAUUCGCGCUGCUAGACCGCUUGGACAUGACGAAACUGGUCCACUGGGGUUGAUCUUAGCACCGACACGUGAAUUAGCUGUUCAAAUUCAUGAAGAAGUCCAAAAAUUUAUCGGAAUCUCGCAUCGCGAGCGGUCGAUUUGCUGCACUGGCGGGUCGGAAAUGAAACGCCAAAUACAUGAGAUUAAAAAAGGCGUAGAGAUUGUUGUCGCGACUCCUGGGCGUUUUAUUGACCUGCUCACACUUAAUUCGGGGAGAUUACUCGAUACUAAGCGUAUUACAUUCGUUGUUAUGGACGAGGCUGACAGGCUUUUCGAUUUAGGAUUUGAACCUCAGGUUACUGAGAUCAUGAAAACUAUACGGCCGGAUAAGCAAUGCGUGCUAUUCAGUGCCACAUUUCCGUCCAAACUCAGGUCAUUUGCCAUGAGAGUUCUGAAUGAUCCGAUCACCAUUACUAUCAACUCUAAGAGCCUGAUCAACGAGAAUAUAAAGCAAAAGGUUGCCAUCUAUAAUGAUGACCAAGAGAAAUUCCAGGGUUUGCUAUCAAUACUGGAAGGUCGCGAAAAUAGUAUUAAAGAACGAUCGGACUUGGAGGAUGUUGAUGAUAAGACAAUUAUCUUCGUCUCAAGUCAACAAAUUUGCGAUUUGAUAUAUUUUCGUUUAGAAGAGAGAGGAAUAACGACAUAUGCCAUCCAUGCAGGAAAACCAUAUGCUGAGAGAGCCUCAAGUUUGGAAAAAUUCAAGAAAACCCGUAAUGGCAUCCUGCUUUGUACCGAAGUCCUCUCUCGUGGGCUGAAUGUGCCAGAAGUGUCACUUGUGGUGAUAUACAACGCGGUAAAGACUUUUGCUCAAUAUGUACACACGGCGGGGCGGACUGCCCGGGGAACGAAAAGCGGGAUAACAGUGACUUUGCUUCUCAGUGAUGAAUUAAAUGCUGCUUAUAUUUUAAAGAAGUCAUUUAGAGAGGAGGAAAUUGAAACGCAUAAUGAGUACACUAAAUUCAAGUUAAUCGAAAUGGGCAGUAAAUUCGAAAAUGGUAUGAAUUCUGGGAAGUUUAGACUGGGUAAGGGGUUCGGUGGUAAAGGGCUAGAUCACAUGGAAAUGGUCAAGGAACAAAAGCUAGUUAAAGAGAUGCAGGAAAUGGGUCCGGAACAACAUAACAGGCGUGACACUCCUGCAACAGAAGGCUCCGAUGCUACCGCUGGUGGCGAAAGCACUUCCGUUACACUGCAAUACAAAUUUUUGCAGAAUAGAAAUCCAGAUAAUUCGGUGACUUACAGUGCUGAAGUAAACGUCAACGACUUACCCCAGCUGGUCAGAUGGGAAACAACCAAAAAUACGACCCUUAUGUCUAUAAAGCAAGAGACGGCGUGCAGUAUAACGAACAGAGGCAAAUAUUAUGCGGAUGGACAGAAUCCUAAGACCGAGAAAGAAGAGCCAAAAUUGUACCUACUUAUCGAGGCUCCAGAUGAAAAAGACGUCAGGCUAGCUAUCGAAUUAUUGCAAGAAAAAGUGAAAGAAGCGUCAAAGAAAGACCUAAUCCGAACUGUCAAAAGUGGCAAAAGUUACUCUAUUGUGUAA